AAAACAGAUGUCAUUUAAAUUGUUUUCAAAUUUUAUCUAUGGUUUUUUGUAUAUUUUUUGAAUUAGGAUUUUGAUUCCAAGUGCUAAUUUUUUGCUAGCGUUUUAUUGUAAAGCUAUUAAUAAAUACGUUAAGAACAUUUAAAAGAUAAUGGCAAACGAGGGGGAAAAGCUCCAUAAUGAACACGGAACCGAUGUCGCCAUGGAUGAACUCAAUAACGUAAAUUCUAGGGCCGACACUGUAACUGCAGGUAAAAGAUCUAUAGAAGAGGAGCCCCAGAAACCUCAAAAAAAAAAGAAGAAGGGGAUCAAUAUAAACGCAGUAGAAAAGAAUCCUGUGUCCAUACUAAAUGAGCUUCGGGUUGGACUGAAAUAUGAGGUGGACAGUGUCCUUGGACCUCCACACAGUCCUAUAUUUAAAGUAUAUGUCACUCUUGAUGGGCAGAAAUAUUACGGUACAGGGAGUUCUAAAAAAACAGCUCGCGCUUGUGCAGCUGAGGAAGCACUGAAAUCUUUCAUACAGUUUCCCAAUAAUGGAUUUAUCAUAUCUUCAAAUAAAAAGGCCGCUGCGGAUUUGGAUUUUACCGUGGACCAGACAUCAGCAAAGGUCAAGGCAAAUGGCAAUAACUUGCUGACAGACAAAACUAAAAGUCCGGUUAUGGUUUUGAAUGAACUGUACCCUAAUGCAUCAUACUCAUUUAUACAUAAUGAUGACGACACAGUAAAUAGGUUUCAGACAACCAUUACUAUUGCCAAUGAAACCUUUUCUGGGACAGGCUCAAGCAAGAAAAACGCCAAGGUGGCGGCGGCCAAAACCGCACUAAUGAAGCUGAGAGGGUACUGUCCUAUUGGAAUUUCUUUGGCCACAUCUGGGUUAGAAACUACACAUACCCAAGAAAAACUACUAAAAGCUGAUGCAAUCAAAGAGUUAGUGAUGGAGAAGUUUCAAAAAGUGUUGGCCGAUGAUCUGCAACAUACAAAACGGAAAGUGCUGGCAGGAAUUGUAAUGACUCGAGGCCCGACUAUGGAUGAUGCUGAGGUUAUUUGUGUGACUACAGGCACCAAGUGCGUUUCAGGCGAGCACAUGAGUCUCAGCGGCGCGUCUCUGAAUGAUAUGCACGCGGAGAUCAUAGCCAGACGUUGCCUUAUCAACUACUUCUAUGAUCAGCUCGAGCUAUUAACAAAUCCUGGCACACUUUCCCUUUCAAUAUUUGAACAGAGGAGCGAAGGAUGCGGUUACAGACUAAAAAAAGAUAUUGAAUUUCACUUAUACAUAAACACUGCCCCAUGCGGAGACGCCAGAGUGUUUUCUACAGGAGAGGACCACCCUUCUGAAGAUAGACAUCCAAAUAGGAUAUCCAGAGGACAAUUAAGGACAAAGGUUGAGUCUGGAGAAGGCACAAUUCCCAUCAAAGGUGUGGCGAUUCAGACUUGGGACGGCAUAAUACAAGGCGAAAGGCUCUUAACUAUGUCAUGUUCAGAUAAAAUUUGUAAAUGGAAUGUUGUGGGUGUCCAAGGCGCACUGCUGGCGUAUUUCAUUGAACCUGUUUAUUUGAAAAGCCUAGUAGUAGGUGGGCUAAUGAAAGAAUCCCAUCUAUAUAGAGCAAUUUGCGGCAGAAUAGAAAACGUCCUGCAGGGAUUACCUCCGCCAUUCCUUCUAAACAGACCAGAAAUGUUACGUGUGUCAUCAAAUGAGAUCAGGCAGGUGCAAAAGGCACCCAGCUUCGCAGUAUUAUGGUGCCAGAGUAUGCAUAUACCAGAGAUUGUUAACACAGAAAAGGGCAGACCAGACAAUGGCAUCUCAUUGGUUUGCAAGCAGAAAUUAGCAUCUAGGUUCAGUAUAUUGAAGGAUAAAUUAUCGAACAUAGCUGGGAAUAAGAAACCACUAUUGUUAACAACAUAUGAGGAGGUUAAGCAAUCAAUAAUGGGAUAUGCCGCAGCUAGACAGUCGCUGUAUGAGGCGUUUAGCAAGGCUUGUUUGGGUAAAUGGAUAACGAAGCCAAUGGAACAGGAUUUGUUUGAGUUCUGUGCUCCAUAACUGUUAUUUAAUAUAUUACUUUAAUUAGAAUGCAAAAGUAUUUUAAAAUGCCACAUCAAAUUAGGUACAAAAUAAUGCAUAGGAUUAGUUUAGUUUUAAGUUCAAUGUUUUAUAUGUACAAUUUUAGAGUUUUAAGUACUAUAUUUUAAAUGUACAAUUCUUCUAUUUUCACUGAACAUAUUCUUAUGUGUGUCUUAUAUUCUUAAAUUGGUUUCUAAUAAUCUAGGGAUUAGAAAGAUUCAAUUAGAAUGUUGGCAAUAAAAUUUAAUAUCAAAUGAUUUUUUUUGCCUUUGGAGAAGUGCAAAAUUUCACCCAAAAAGAAAAAUUGCAAGCUAAAGAACAUACACUUGUCAUCGAUGUUGAGUAUUAAAAAUUUACAAAGUUGCUUGUACAACCCUGCUGUACUACAAAACCAUAUACAAUUAAGGAACGCUUUAUUAAAGUUCACUAAAUUUUUAUUGCUAUUGAAUUUUACCGUGUUAAUCUAACAUGUUGAUUACUUUCCAGUGGAAUA